GAUAAACGUCGAAAAAAUGAAUCGGCUUUCUCCGGUUCGCGGGCCGACUGAGCGCGAGCGCGACGCGGUUCCGCUUCCGCCGGAAGUCGGGGCGAGCGGAGACGAGCGCUUCCUGGAGAGUGUUUGCGCCGCCGCCGCCGGAGCGUCAGUGCCGUUCGGUCUCCCAGACCCGCCGUUGUUUCGCCUCCCUAUCAUGGUUCACCCCCGGUUCGGCGUCUGCUUCCCGCGCUGACCGCUGUCUGCUCUGGGAUGGAGUCUCCGGCGGUGGAUGAUGAUAUCUGUAUCCUGAAGCAUGAGACGGCGUACGGGCCGCCCGAGAGUCCCGUGUCCGUCUGCUCCGGGGACGAGUCGGUGGCGUCUCACUUCGCUCUGGUCACUGCCUACGAAGACAUCAAGAAGAGACUCCGAGACACGGAGAAGGAGAACGGUCUGCUGCGCCGGAGAGUCAAGCAGCUGGAGGACAAGCACUUCCGCCCCGAAGCGCCUCCGUCUGAAGGACCGCAGUACAUGAACAAAGCCUUCAGCGCGUACCGCGGCAUCUACAUCGAGAAGGAGGACUUACAGAUGGAGCUUAAAAAAGUGAAAAAAGAGAAGCAGGAUUCAGAGAGGCUUCUGACGGAGCAGCUGCAGGCCAAAGAGCUGGAGCUUCUGCAGCUCAGAUCAGAGAUGGAGACGAGCCAAGUGAUGAAGAGUCUGACGGAUACGGCCGAUUACUGGCAGGUGGACAGAAGCAACAGUGAAAUGAAGAUCCACUCCCUGCAGGAGCAGCUGGAGCGCUUACAGCUCGAGAACCACGCGCUGCACAAGCUCUGCCGGGCCGGACAGGAUGUUUGUGAAAACUGUGUGGCUGAUGAAGAUCAGUGUCACGAACUUCUGACAGACGUCAGGACGACGGCCAUCGUUCAGUCGUAUCAGGACGUCCUCAGUGAAGUGUCCCGUCUUCAGACGACCGUCCGGUCUCAGGCGGAGCUGGUGAGGAAGAUGAGAGACAGACCAGCGCCGCCGCUCUUCAGACGAGUGCAGUGCCUGGAUGAUGUUCAGAGGAGCAGUGUCCCUCGUCCCCCCAGCGCUCCCCCGCUGCCCUCGGCCCCCGACGGCCCCCAGGAGCCCUGGCCCCUCCCGCGUCCGGCCCCGCUGGGCAGCCCCGGAGUGCGUCUCAAUCCUCCGCCGCGCAUGAGCUCGCUGGACGACAGCUCCUGGUCCUUCCCCAGUCCUCCGCGGCCCAGCGACGCUCUGUUCUGGGACCAGACCAAACCCAGGAGCCCCGCCGGCGACUGGGCCCAACCCUACUGAGCCCCGGGCCCCGACCCUCCACACCUUACCUGCCUUAACACACACACACACACACACACCCCUCUCUGGAUGAUCCCGGAUGAGCAAAUACCUCGAGCAGACUGGGACGGAGACUAGGGUUGGUUAUCGUUAAAUGCCAACAAUUCCAAUUCUUACCGAUUCCAAAAAUAGAGCAGAAAAUCAGGCACAUCCAAAAUAAAACGUUCUGUUUGCAUAACGUGUGUGUACUGUGUGUAUAUAAAGGCACGCACACACACACACCAUAUAUUGUUAUAUUCACAUGUAUAUAUUUAUGUUCAUAUUAAUAUAAUUUAUAUCAUAUUUAACUACAUUUAAUAUAUAAGUGUACAUUUUUUCUCAAGUGUAUGCUUGUACGUGCGUGUAUUUAUAUGUACAUGAUCAAUAAAUAUAUACACAAUGCACACACAUGCAAACAAUAUUUGUCCGAGAUGCAACUAUUAAAAAAUCUGGAAUCUGAGGGUGCAAAAAAACCAAAAUAUUCAGAAAAUUGCCCAAAUAAAGUUCUUAGUGAUGCAUAUCACUAAUGAAAAUGUAAGUUUUGAUGAAUAUCUUCACGGAACAUGAUCUUUACUUUUUUGGCAUAAAAGAAAACUGUAUAAUUUUGACUGAUGCAGUGAACUGUUGUCUAUUUCUACAAAUAUAUCUGUGCUCUCACGACUGCUUCUGUUCUCCAGAGACACAUUUGUUCUGUCGGUUCUUGCAGAACUGUUCAUUUCAUCUGAAUACCAUGAACAGAAAUCAUCCGGCUGCGUUAAACCUGGACUCAGCUGAGAGAUGUGUGUGUGUGUGUGUGAAACAGAGAGAGCCGCACGAUUAUGGAUUCUUCUAAAGGAAGGUUCUCUCCCAGUUCUGCAUUCAGCUAAUCAUGGAACGAUUCAAUGACUCACUCAAAAUGCGCUUGUUUCGCUACUGAACGAAUCAGUGCUUUUGAACGAAUCUCCCGAGCGAAUGACUCAAAGACAAAUGCGUUUGAUGAAUUUGUCAUUUUACAAGCGUCCGGUGCUUCUGGAAUUGGAAUUGAUUUUUUUCGGUUCCCAACCCUGUCCCUGUCCUACAUCGUGAUUGGCCUGCGUUCAUCUCCUGGGCGGAGUUGACUGGUUCUUGUAUUUAUUAAUGUGUGAAGGGAAGGCUUUAAGCUCAAGCGCUCCUCGAAGGUUGUUUCUGUAGAAACGCGUCUGUCGUGUGUUGAUGCCCGUUCGAAUCAGAACACCAUGUUUUAGUGUGUAGAGUUAGUCUAUAAAAGAAAGGCUUUAAACAGGGUCUCGCAGCGAACGGCUCGCUCUGAUUAGUUCAAUCUGUUUUCGUAUUCGUUCUUCUUCCGCUCUGGAAGUCGUAGAACCGCUUUUGAGGAAGUGGUGAAACUCGGCACACGGAUCGAGGUCGCUCUCGACACGCUAACCCUCUAUUUUUCUGCCAUUUCAACAAUUUUCCCCGCCAUUUCGAAAACUCUUCUUCUAAGGCUGUUGCUCCAAUUUUUAAAAGGUUUGUACCGCAUCGUCUUCGGAUUUAUAAGUUGAUCAGUCCAAAAUUUACAAAAACACGAUGUUGUUUCUUCGCCACGCUUUAGUAUGUUCGAUGUUAUAACCGCCGUGACCUGAGGUCACCUGCACAGUGCCACCUAGUGGACAGGAGAUCAGAAUAUGGGUAUUUUUUAUUAUAACUUCUGAACGGUUUGGCCAAAGCAUCCAAAGAGUUGUCGUUGCACUUUUGCGACGACUUCCGAGUUCGUCGAUACCCGAUACGCAAAUGUCGGCUGUUUCGGGUUUUAUCGCGAAAUGCCGUUUUUUUUACGAAUACUUUGGCGUGUCGUUACCAAACUCAGAAUGCGUCUCUCCAUCAGGCCCAGAAGGUUCGGCGAUCAUAACAUAAUUAGAAAAAAUAUUGACUUUGGCAUAGUUUCGCCUGCUGGUCUCGAUAGACUGAAUUAUACAAUAAUUGGCCGAACUGCCGUUUUUUUAUUCCUCUGAAAACAUUUUUUUUCAAACUCCUCUUAGAGCAUUGGUCCGAUCUUCAGCAAGUUCUCCUCGGAUCAUCUUCAGGUCGCGCUGUCAAAAGAUCACGGACUUUGUGUCGAUAUGCAGAACGUUUUUAGUUUUUUAACGCGCUCGCCGUCAUGCUACCAGACGCUGUAUUUCUGCAAAGCUUCGAAACGCUGACACAUCCAGCUGAAAUCAUUUUAAUAGUGAUCGACUGAAUCAAUCUAAAGCUGUGGGAGCCCUGUUUAAAGUCAACACGAAAACAAGCCAUUUCUGAGUAUUUAUUAAGAACUGAUGAAUCGAUCACAUCCGAACGGGUUUGACCAAUGAUUUCCUUUCUCUUUUCUUUGUAAUAAAGCGCACCGACGCAUCGUUUGAAGUCAUUCUUGCAUUCAGAGACGUCUGUAAUGACCUUCGGUUGGUUUCUGAAGAGAAAUGUGAAGCACAAAGACGACGUGUGUGUAUAUAAACAGACUGGACUGCUGUCAAAGGUUGUCUCGUGUAUAAAAGCUUGUAAUGCAUUCGCUGAUUUGAUUUGACGGCUGUCAUGUGACCACGAUCUGGACCGGAAACACGCUCGGCUCGGCCGAGACAGAUCUGUGAACCAAAAUGCAAUGUACAGUAGAUUAUUUUUAGGAUUAUUAAUCCUGAAAAGUUUGUAAAUACUCAAUAAAUGAAUUCAUGUCAACAA